AUGGAGGCGCACAAUUUGCAGACAGCAUCGACGUAUAUCAACAAUCUACUGCUUGCCCGUGGCCUGCUCAAGAAUGGCAAGGCGAUUGAUUUUGCCCGGCCCGAGAAUGGAGGAGGGAUCGAUGCAACGAUGGCCAAGAUCAUCAAUCUCAUCAAUGACCUGGUUAUAAGAAGAGAUCGAGAAGCUGAACAUCGAGAGAAUCUUGCGAACACAAUCCAAUCUUUACGUGCGACUGAAUCCCAGCAGGCACUCGAAAUUGAGAGACUCAAGUUGAAAAAUUCCGAGUUAUCUCGCUCAUUGGCCCUGGCUGAGGGUCAGGAGCGUGCCUUUAAAACGAACCUUCGAAAUGCGGAAGCUACCAUCCGUAGCUUAAAAGACCAGGUGCAGAGGAUGAAAACAACGAUCCAGCAAGUUCGGGCGCAGUGUGCGAAUGAUAUCCGCAAGCGAGAUGCCGAAAUGCAAAAGCUGAAGUCGCAUUUAGCGGACCGUCAGCGAGGGAAACGGGAAGGCCUGGGAGUGACGACGAUUAAUAUCAAUCCGGUACCCGAACGGAACUCAAGAUCUCGACUGGUCUCUGGAGGGCCAGAUGUUAAUAGUCCUGGUUACAGUCUGAAGCAAGAAUCCACUGAGUUUUUAACAGAACUCUGCCAGAGUUUGAGCGACGAAAACGACACCCUCAUCUCCCUCACGAGGAACACCAUCCAGACUCUAAAGGAGUUGCAAGGCAUAUCGAAUACCCCAGAAGGAGGCGACAAUUCCAGCCUAGGCGCCUCUGGAAGUGUCCACAAGAGUGGCCAAGGACCAGUCGCGACGCUUCCUACUUCGUGUGAAGAGUUGACUGCUGAGAUGAACACGGUGCUUGAUCACUUGAGAACAUUACUGACAAACCCGUCAUUUGUACCUCUCGAAGAGGUUGAGGUCCGCGAAGAGGAGAUUAUGCGUCUGCGAGAAGGGUGGGAAAAGAUGGAGAGCCGGUGGAAGGAAGCCAUGGCGAUGAUUGAUGGCUGGCAUAAGCGGAUUUCCGAUGGCCUCGAUUCAGCAGAUGUUGAGGAACUGAAGAAGAGCAUGGGCUUGGAUCUGGGAAGGGCUCGGUCUGCGGCUGCGGGCGUGAAUGGGCCGCCAGUGAUAUAUGAAGACGAAGAUAGAGCUGAGGACUGCGAAGAAGGCGAGGAGGACGACGAUACUCCUGAAACGGAUGCGAAGGUUUUGAAACCAACGCUGGCCAAGCGCCCGAUGCGCGCGUUAGGCGAGAGGAACGGAAAUAUCGGAUCAAAGUCACCGCGAAAGGUCUCUUUUCAUGAAGAGCCCAUGGAUCCCGCCGGCAAAGUAGAUGGCGAGGAAGAGGAACUAAUGUUAAAGGCCCAUACUUCAGAGACUGUCACGCAAAGGCCAGCACGAAGGAGAACGUCAACCAAAAUUCCACGACAGACUGACAUUCAUUUUGAGCAGGCUCAUCGAGGGCCACGGCUGUCUGUUGAGGAGAAGCUUGCUGCGGUGGAAGCGGAAGCGCAAGCGGCGGCUGAGGAGAACAGCAAACAAGACACGCGCAAGAGGAGCAGAGGCCAGGUCAGGAAGUCGCAGGGUCGGAGACGAAGUACCUUGACGCAUGAGGAGCUGGAGCAGUUGAUGGGAGUUAAGGAGUGA